AUGAAGGGCCAGGUUGACCAGUACGAAGAUGCGGUGACUGUACGUCUGCGUAACGUCGCCCAGAAAGACGGUGGAACCAUCGAAAUCGACGCCACAAACAUCUACGGGACCGCCACGGCGACGGUCAAGCUGAUCGUGGUAGAUGUUCCUGGUGCGCCGCAGAAGCUCGUCUGCCAGAAGGUGACGCACAACUCUGCCGUACUAUCUUGGCAGCAACCCGACGAGGACAACGGCGCCCCGAUUACGGCGUAUAUUGUCGAGCGGAAGACGGUCGACUUCUCCAGAUGGCGUCAGGUGGCCACCAUCGACGACGGGUCCACGAAAUACACAGCAGGGGACCUGUUGUGCCGAAGGAACUCUACGGGGUUCCGCAUUUGGCGG